AUGUUUGAUUGGCAAAUAUCCUGUCUUAGUAAUUCAAAUGUGUUGUUAGACUAUCGCAAUUUGGUUUAUUCUGCGCCUACAUCUGCAGGAAAAACUUUAGUGGCAGAAAUUCUUACAAUAAAAACAAUUUUGGAGCGCCAGAAAAAGGUACUUAUAAUUUUGCCUUUUGUAUCUAUUGUAAGGGAAAAAAUGUUUUACUUGCAAGAUAUACUUUCUAGUUCUGGGAUAAGAGUAGAGGGUUUUAUGGGCUCACAAUCACCACCUGGUGGAUUGCAAGCUGUCCAUGUGGCUAUUUGUACUAUAGAAAAAGCAAACAGUUUAGUUAAUCGACUUCUCGAUGAAGGUAAUAUAACAGAAUUAGGUGCCGUAGUUGUUGAUGAAUUACAUCUAUUGGGUGAUUCAAGUCGUGGAUAUAUACUGGAGCUUCUUCUAACUAAAAUUAAGUAUAUGUUAUUAAAAACAUGUGACUUUAAAAUUCAAAUUAUUGGAAUGUCUGCUACUUUACCAAAUUUGGAGGUGCUAGCAGCUUGGUUGGAUGCCGAAUUAUUUGUUACGGAUUUUCGGCCAAUCCCCCUAGAGGAGUAUUGUUUAGUUGGAAAUAAAUUUUAUGAUAAAAAAGGAAAAUAUUUAAGACCAAUAGAUGUGAACAUUUGUGGUGCUGAAAAAGAAAAUGAAAGUGUAUUGAAUAUAUGCUUGGAUACAAUAAGGGAUGGAUGUUCGGUUUUAAUAUUUUGCAUGACAAAAAAUAGGUGUGAAAACCUAGCACAAGGUAUUGCUUCUUCUUUUUAUAAAUUGGGAACUACAGAAAGUGAAAUGGGUAGCAUUUUACGAACUCAGUUAAAGUCUGAAAGUAUUGCAGAAGUUUUGGAACAACUGAAAAAUUGUCCAGUUGGAUUAGACAACAUUCUCAAAAAUAUUGUGUCAUUUGGAGUUGCUUACCACCAUGCUGGUCUUACUUUUGAUGAAAGAGAUAUCAUUGAAGGUGCAUUUAAAUCUGGUGCUAUUAGGAUUCUAGUAGCAACAUCAACAUUAAGUUCUGGUGUUAAUUUACCUGCCAGAAAAGUUAUAAUAAGAUCACCUGUAUUCCAAAGACAGCCAAUAAAUAUUUUAACAUAUAAGCAAAUGAUAGGUAGAGCUGGAAGAAUGGGAAGAGAUAUAAAAGGGGAAAGCAUACUGAUCUGUACAGAAAAUGAGAAAAAAAUAGGUCUAGAAUUAAUGUCAGGUAUUUUAAAUCCCGUCAAAAGCUGUAUUGAAAGUGAAGAUAAAUAUAUGAGGGCUGUACUAGAAAUUAUUGCAAGUCAAGUAACAUGUACACUAGUGGAUUUGGAGCUAUUUUCUAAAUGUUCAUUAUUAUUUAAACAAGGAGAAAAGUCUUCAUCACAAUUGUUAUUACUUGAGAAUACUCUGGAUCAAUUAAAAAAUUAUGAACUAAUUAGACUGCAAAAUUAUGAAAAUGAGGUUUAUUAUGUGGCAACUUCCUUAGGGAAAGCUUGCUUGUCAUCAUCUAUGGCUCCUAAUGAUGGAUUAUCACUUUUCUGUGAACUGCAACGAGCACGUCAAUGUAUAGUGUUAGAAAAUGAUCUUCAUCUUAUAUACUUAGUUACACCUUAUAGUGUUAGCAAUCAAUGGAAUGACAUAGACUGGUUGCAUUUAUUAACAUUAUGGGAAUCCUUAACAAAGUCCAUGAAAAAAGUCGGAGAAUUAGUUGGGGUUCAAGAAAGUUUUAUAAUUCAAUGCUUGAGAGGAAGUAAUAAGUCAAAAGUAAAUCAGGCGAAAUUAAAUAUUCAUAAAAGGUUUUAUACUGCAUUAGCCUUGCAAGACUUGGUUAAUGAAAUACCUCUCUCAGAAGUUGCUGGAAAAUUUCAAUGUGCUAGAGGUUUUUUGCAGGGAUUACAACAAGCAGCUGCAACAUUUGCAGGUAUGGUGACAGCAUUUUGCCAUCAACUGGGCUGGAAGAAUUUAGAAUUGUUAAUAUCCCAAUUUCAGGAUCGUCUGUACUUUGGAAUACAUUCAGAAUUAAUAGAAUUGAUGAAAUUAUCAUCUUUAAAUGGAGUAAGAGCCAGAGCUUUGUUUGAUAGGGGAUUUGAAACAAUUUCAAGCAUUGCAUCUGCAGAUGUGAACACUAUUGAAAACAUCCUACUUAAAGCUGUCCCAUUUCAAAGUGAAAAAGAAAGAGAUGGCGACGAUGAAAUAGAUUUAAGGAAACGUAAUAAGAUUAAAAAUAUUUGGAUUACUGGUAAUUGUGGUGUGACUGCAAAGGAGGCGGCGCAAAAUUUAAUUCGUGAAGCAAGAAAAUAUUUAGAACAAGAGAUUGGCGUAACAGAAAUAAAUUGGAAAAAUAUUGAGAUCAAAAGCACAUGCAAUGAUUUGAACUUAAAUUCAGGUUACAAAUCUCCGGUUAAUGCGAAGGAAGAACAUUAUAGAGAAAGUAGUUUUUGUAAUAAUAUUUUAAAUAAUGAAAGAAAAGAAACAUUAUUAAAGAAAGAAGAUACUUUCAAUCAAGAUAAAAUGAUCAUCGAAAAUGUAACUAAUGGAAAAGAUAAGGAAAAUGUUAUCUGCAUUGAAAAUGGAAGUAGGUUAGUCAGUUAUGAGAAUAAAAAGAAUGAAGUAAAUAUAAAUAGCUGUGAAUGUAAAGAUCUUACUAAUGAGUGUAUUGAUUCUUUGAAUGAGAAGUACAAAGAAAACAAAGCUAUUGAAAUAAAAGACAGCCCUAUGAUUCAUAACACUUUUAAAAGUGUAAGUGAUAGCCCUUCUAUACUAAAAAAUGAUGACAUUGUAUGGGAGUCCCUUAAUUUUACCACAGCAUUAGAUAAUAUUUCAAAAAAUCGUGCUUUAGCUAAAAUAGAGUCUCCUGACAUAAGUUUUGGUGAUAAUCAACUUAGUUUUAGUUAUUUUGAUAAUGUUACUAACAAAAACUUGAAAAAUACAUCUGUUAAAGAUAUUAGUCUAUUUUCAUCUGAUGGAAAUAAUUCUAGUUUGUUUGAUGAAACUUUGCCGGUUGACCUUUUGCCAAAUACAAUUAUUUGCGGAAAAGAGGAACAGUUGCAGAAUUCUAAAACAAAUAAUUUGACCAAUAAUGUUACAAUUGAUUCACAAUCUAUAUUAAAUGCAUUUACAUCAUCUCUCAAAGAAAUUGAAGAUGAUGAUGAUAUUAUAUUAGUAUAUGAAGAAGAUAAAAAACCUGUUACGUUUAGUAUGUCUCAAGAAUUUGAAGUUAUGAAUACGCAAGAAAUUAAAGCUGGGGACACCUUAUAUAAUAGUCCUCUUAAACGACAAAGGGAGAUAAAUAUUCAUCAAACACUUCAACCAUUAACAAAGAAAGCAAAAAUACCCUCGAAACCUAUUUCUCAUAUAAUCCCGCUGAAAUGUAAACAAUCAAAAAAUACUAUUAUAGGAAUUAAAGAACAACUUAUUUUUUGUUAUAUUUUAAGAGAAAUUGAUUUAAUCGAAUAUUUAGAUAUAAUCACGAGUAAAGGCGAGGUAUCUUUAUAUUUAGACCUAAGGCCUCCAAAAGUUUCUAAUGAAGUUAUAGGAAGUAACUUCUUUGAAAAACCUCAAAGCGAGAAUAAACAGAAAGUAUCAAAUGCGAAAGACCUAAUUAAAGGUAUUGCGAUUUGUUUAAGUGAAAAGCUGUGUGUUUACUUAGAUUUUACUUCUGUAUAUGAUAAAUUAACACAGGUUAAAGAAAAAUUUCGACAGUGGUUGAAAACAGAAUCAUUAAACUUGAAGAUUUUAUCAUUGAAGACCGAUUAUGUGCACUUGAAACACAGUUUUGGUAUAAAUAUAUCUUCUGAUUGUAUGGAUUUAUCAUUAUCAGAAUGGCUCAUUCACAGUGAUGAAAAAAUACCUGAUAUUAAUUUCUUGACAAAAAAGUACUGUGACAUCAACUUGUCUACCGUGUCCUUGAAGACUGGCGAUGAGGAAAUAACAUUUCAAAGUUUAGAUAGUACCGACAAGAAGUUAUUUAAAGCUUGGUGCGUGUGGUGCGUCGCUGAAAAGCAAAGAAAAUUUUUACUGGAACAAUACAAAGGCGCAAUUGAUGUGGCAAAUAUUGAAACGCAUGUAUCGAAAAUUCUAGCGAAUUGCGAGUACCACGGCCUCGUCGUUGAUAGAGAACUAGCGUCAAAACUUUUGAUCGAUGUGAAAAAUUCACAAGAAAUCCUGCAAAAGAAAGCAUAUAAAUUAUGUGGAUACCAUUUCAAUUUCAACUCCUCGAAGGACGUGGCGAAGGUGUUAGGAAUAUACAGAGGUAGAAAAGUGAGUACCAAGAAAAGCGUGCUCGCGGCACACAACAGUCAAAUGGCGAGUAUUGUUAUAUACUGGAGGAAAUUAAAUGCAAUAUUGACAAAAACGCUGUAUCCUCUAACCGAGAAAGCUACCGUUUACAGUAAAGAUAACAGAAUAAACCCCUCAUACACAAUGCACACUUGCACCGGUCGUAUAACUAUGCGCGAGCCAAAUCUGCAAAAUGUCCCCAGAACAUUCUCCAUUCCCGUUAAAUAUCUAACGUUGACAAGCGAAAAUGACAGCUGUUCAGAUGUGAUAGAGUUCAACUGUAGGAACGUAUUCAAAGCGGCGCCGGGCUGCGUUUUUGUUUCGGCUGAUUAUUGUCAGUUGGAAAUGAGGAUUCUCACACAUUACAGCUGUGACCCUGUUUUGACAAAGAUUAUGAAGUCCAAUGUUGACGUUUUCAAAGCUAUAGCGGCUUCAUGGAGUUGCGUGCCAGAGGAAGAGGUUGAUGACGACCUUCGUCUAAAAGCAAAACAACUUUGUUACGGAAUCUUAUACGGAAUGGGUAAUAAAACACUGAGUCAACAUUUAGACGUAACGGAAUCAGAGGCAGCCGUUUUCAUGGACUCCUUCUAUAAAACAUACCCGUCAAUAAAGGUGUUUACACAAUCGAUCAUAGACGCUUGCAGAAAACAAGGUUAUGUCGAAACGCUCAAGAAACGCCGGAGAUAUUUGUCCGAUAUAAAUAGUAAUUUAGUUUUUAAGAGAAGUGCAGCCGAGCGACAGGCAGUCAACACCACAAUUCAGGGCUCCGCGGCGGACAUUGCUAAAGCCGCUAUGUGCGCUGUAGAUAAGAAAAUCGACCACUACGACUUUAAACCUCGUCUCAUUUUACAAAUGCACGAUGAGCUGAUAUACGAAUUGCCUGAAAGAGACAGCAUACAGUUUGCCAAAGUUUUGAAGCAAGUGAUGGAGGACACGGUAUCUUUGAAAGUACCUUUGCCUGUCAAAAUGAAAUCAGGAUAUUCGUGGGGUAGUUUGAAGGAGAUCAAUGUAAUGUAA